AUGUCGACCGACGACAAAUCCGGUUCAGAAGACAAAAUCGAGGGAGACGACGUUUCAAUCGACGUGGACGAUGUUAUAAAACAAGUCGAAAACAAGAAAAGAACAUUCCUUUGUAAGGAGGAUUUACGCAACGUGAAAAUUUUCGAGGUAAAACAAUUCGGAGGGUUAAAUAAUAAAAUUAUAGUUUAUGAAACUAAUAAGAAACUCUUGCUGGAAUUGAAAGAAGUAGUCUUCGAGUAUGGGUCGACCUACAAUCCACCUUCUAUGCUCAGUGGACACAACCAAAUGAUCGCAACUCCAUUUGACCUGUUUUUCUUAGCUUUGCAUUUCCUAACUAUAGAACACGUGUUAAGUCUACACGCCACAGAGAAACAGUACGUCAUAACUAGUUUAAUACCCGAAGAGUUUCGAGAGGUGUUAUAUAGUGUAUCAACGGCACUACUAAUAGAGAACGCCGGUGUCAUUGAAGUUGAUGAGAAUGCAGUGAAAGAGAUAUUGCGAUUGAAAAGAGAAGCGAUUAGUCUAGUCACUUUGAAUACGGAGAAACAGUCGUCUAAGAAGACCACAUUAGACGCCUUUGUUAAACGAGUCACUGUGAAAGAUAUAGAUGUCUUAUACCCAUAUGUAGGCCCGUUUUGGUUUGAUAGAAUGGGAUGGGAACCCGUUGAAGAGGAAGAGGACUGUUUACACGCAGACGAGUAUCACAAAUAUGCUGUGAAAAAGAAGGCGCGAACAACGAAGAAAAAGACCACGAAAAGAACAAGACAACCAAAGUCCGAGUAA